ACCGAUAUUUCUUUUUGGCGAUAAAGUUUGAGAGAAUAAUAUAACAAGUGAAAAAAAAAACAAAGUAAAAAGAGAUUAAAAUGAUUGAUUUUUGGUAAAAAAAAUAAAAUAAAAUGACUUAUUUAAUGACCGCAGAUAGAUUAUUCUACCUCAACGGCUACAAUGAGCAGUCUCUUCCGCCCAAUCCUUACCUUCCACCAAACCAGAACGCACGAUAUCCUCGCCGCCGGCGCAGUGCCGCGUCUACAAGCCAGCGGCACGACGUCGAAAGGGAAACCGGUAAGGCAACAAGACGACUACCACUCCACCCUUAAAGCCCUCAAAUCCAAAGGCCGUUUUCCAAGAAAAUCUCUCGGCCAGCACUAUAUGGUAAAUGGGUCGGUGAAUGAGGAGCUAGUGGUGGCGGCUAAUGUGAAACAAGGUGAUGUAGUGUUAGAAAUUGGACCAGGAACUGGUUCUUUGACUAAUGUGCUAGUGGAAGCUGGUGCAACUGUUCUAGCUAUCGAAAAGAGUACUCCUUGGAGGCAUGUCUGGGAUUAGGUUGUUUUGAUUACUAGUGAGUGAAGAGAGAUUGCAACUUGUUUGGCAUUUUAGAGACAGGAGAUCAGACUGUUCUUGUAUCAAAUUAAUUAGUGCUAAAUUGGACGUAAUGUAAAUUGGGGAUUAUCUACAGAGUGUAGGAUUGAUUAAGUGGAAGAUGACUCAAACCUUAACCAUGAAACCAUGUGUCUAAAUUUUUUAUAUCAGAACUACAUCAUAUUAAAGAAUAAAUUUUUAAUCUACUCAAAUGUGUUCUCCUGUUUUUGUGGUCAUCUAUUGUAUUUUGCUAUGUUUUUUUUUUGUAAGUGAAAAUGUACUGCUGCGAAAAUCCCUACUGUAUAUGGCAUCACUAGUGAGGGAACGCUUCGACGGAUUAGGAUGUGUGAAGGUGGCCUUGUGUUCACUAAAAAUGAAGCAAUAUCUGUAUGUUUCUAUGAUCACAAACAUGUUUGUUGAUCCAACUCAUUUCAUGAGAAGCUAGCUACACCGUGCAAUGAUGCAAGCAUCUCAUUGUCAACGAUUAAAACACACACACACACACAUCUGAACACUAAGUAUUUCAGCCCUUUUUUUCUGCUUGGAUCUUGUAAUUAGUUCUUUCUUGGACGUUUCAUCUGAGAGAAUACAUACUGGUCUACUGACACUGGUUAAAA